AUGGCGACUCCCUUACAGGGUUUGCCAUCGCCGUUAGGCAUGGAAGCACAAUCACUACCAGUUGGCUCUAAUGGUGUAACGGUCCCAGCUGAUGCCUUAAAUGCGCCCUCAUCUGAUGAUUUGAAUUCUUUCGAUAAUCUACCUGAUACAAUACAAUCUCCAACUCAAUCUCCUCUCCAUCCGCUUCCUACGAAACCUGCCAGCCAGCUUUCCUCUCAAGCUGCAACACCCAACCCUGCCAUUUCCGCCCAAAGUCAACCCCGCAUAGUCGGUGGUUUUGAAGUUGAUGAUGAUGUUGAGGAAGAGGAUGGUUCCCUGGAUGAAAAGGACGAGCUUGAUGUCUAUGAUCCUUCUGUCGGGUUGGACUUCGAUGUCUCCACGCCUGCCCCUGCUAUCCCCCUUGAUAGAACUUCCCAGUCACCAGAACAAGAAAAUGGAAUCACUCCUGUUCCUGUCCAGGCAUCUGGUAGUCCUGCUGACAUUCCCUCUUCUGCUCUUCCUUCUGGCGCUGAUGCUCAUGCACCACGUGCUGCAACUGCUACACCCGCUCAAUCUACGUCUCAUGAACCGUCGGCUCAACCUUCUCCACCUCGCUUGAAUGUGAAUGGUUCUGUUGCCCCAGCUGUUCCAAAGUCGAGACUUGCUCAUGACAUUGUUGGUAUCUUGGAAGAUCGCAUCAAGGACGACCCACGGGGUGACACCGCCGCUUAUCUUGACUUGAUCGAAGAGCUGAAGAGUCGAAAUAAGCAAGAUGACGUUCGUCGAGUCUACGAUCAAUAUCUCUCCGUCUUCCCUCUAGAUGCCGAGCAAUGGUGUGCCUACGUCAAGUACGAGGAAGGAAACGAUAGAAAGCAUGCGAUGGAAACCCUUUUCAGCCGGUCUCUUCUUGAAGUGCUCGACGUCCAGCUCUGGUCCCUAUACAUCAAUUACAUCCGCCGUCGCAACAGUAUGCAAACGGGCGAUGUGGCAAGGUCAUACAAAAUUAUUAAUGAAUCCUUUAGUUUUGCCCUCAAAACCAUCGGCAUGGAUAAAGAUUCGGGCACUCUAUGGCAAGAUUAUAUCAAUUUCCUCAAAACGGGGCCUGGUACUGUCGGGGGCUCUGGUUGGCAGGAUGCUGCCAAAGUUGAUACUUUGCGUGAAGCAUAUCAGAAAGCUAUUGCCGUUCCAACAGCCGCCACCACCACGCUCUGGAAAGAGUACGAUUCUUUCGAGACAGGGCUGAGUAAAAUUAACGGCCGUAAAUAUCUGCAGGAAAAAUCGCCCUCGUACAUGACGGCCCGGACAGCGUAUACACAACUUCAAAAUCUGACCAAAGACCUACACAGAACAACACGCCCACGCUUACCUCCCUCACUGGGGUAUGAAGGCCACCAUGCUUACUUACACCAAGUUUCUCUCUGGAACCAGUGGAUUCAGUGGGAGAAAGACGAUAAUCUGGUGUUGAAGGAUGAAGAUAUCAAGCAAUAUCGAUCGCGGAUAUUGUUCACCUAUAAACAAGCGCUUAUGGCUUUGCAAUUCUGGCCCGAGAUGUGGUACGACGCCGCCGAAUUCUGCUUUGCCAACGACCUGGACUCCGACGGCACCAAAUUUCUGAACCAGGGGCUCGCAUCCAAUCCCGAAUCUCCACUUCUAGCGUUCAAACUCGCCGACCGGAUUGAAGGAUCCACUCAAAAUGAUGAAGGAAGUGAUCCAGGUGCCAAGGAGCGUAUGAAGAAGAUCCGUGAGCCAUAUGAUGGAGUCUUAGAUGCUCUCUAUGAGCAUGUAAAGAAGGUAUCUGUCAGAGAGAAAGAAGAUAUCCAAAAAGCAGAACUUUCUGCGACUACCAACGGCGAAGGAAACGGAGCCGAAGAAGACGAGAUCAAUGCAGCCAAUAUUGCAGCCAAGCAAGCAGUCCUCAAUGCACAGAUAGGCACCAUUAAGAAAGGCGCCCAAGCUCAAUCCGAUCUCCUCAGUCGAAUGAUAUCUCAUGUUUGGAUCGCUCUGAUGCGGGCCACUCGCCGAGUGCAAGGCAAAGGACUACCAACGGAGCGCGGUCCUAGUGGGUUCCGAGCCGUCUUUGGCGAAGCGCGCAAACGCGGGAAACUGACCAGUGACUUCUAUGUUGAAUCUGCUCGUAUUGAGUGGAACUGCUAUCGAGAUCCCACCGGCACCAAGAUCCUGGAUCGUGGAAUGAAACUGUUUCCUGAGGAUGACUAUCUUCCACUUCAGUACAUCAAACAUUUGUUUGAAAUCAAUGAUGUGACCAAUGCACGCGCCGUCUUUGAGACCACGGUCAAAAGACUAAUCACGCAUGAAGAUGCAGGAUACACCAUUAAAGCCAAACCUUUGUUUGCUUAUCUUCAUGAUUAUGAGUCCAAAUACGGCGAGCUGGCUCAAGUUCAGAGCCUGGAAGCACGGAUGAGAAAGCACUUCCCCGAAGACCCUACUCUUCAACUAUUCACAAACCGCUAUAGUACCCCGACAUUUGAUGCCAUGCGUGCACACCCAGUGAUUUCACCACAGCAGAUCCAAGUUCCUGAAACCGUCCUACCCUCGGUGGAAGUACAACAAGCCUUAAAUUCGCCGAUACAGAAAGUGAUCGACGCCAUUACGACGAAUUCGCCCAAACGGCCAUUUCCGGACGAUUUCGAGGACCUUGGCCCUCGUAAGCUUGCCCGAGGUGAAUCUCCUCUCAAGGGUGCCGCUGGUCGUCGAAUGAAUCAACAGGCUCAGCAGCAGCAGCAGCAACGACAGCUCAACCCAUCGACAGGUCCACCUCCAUUCCCUGUUCCUCCUCCGCUCCCCCCACAGAUCACGUAUCUUCUGAGUAUCCUCCCGAAAGCCUCACUCUACGUCGACGUCAAGUUUGAUCCGACAACUGUGGUUGAAUUGAUUCGUGAUGUGCAUCUGCCCCCACCAUCCGGCAUUGGCAGUCAGCAUCAUGCAAUGCCACAGCAAUCUUCGGCCGCACAAUGGUCGUCAUAUACGCAGCAUCAGCAGCCACAAAUACCUCCAGGAAGUUUUGUUCCCCCUCCCGGCACACAGCCUCAGUAUGGAGGUGGUAAGUCAUGA